AUGGCAGUAUCCUACGUCGCUGUCCUCUAUGCUCCGAUGGUCAUCCUCCGCUUCCGCCCCGACCUCGCUCCGCACCUUCCUCCACCGUCGUCGCCGCGCCUGCGCCGCCGUCGCAUCCGCCGCCUCUGCCCUUGCCACCGUGUCCCUCCUCCGAGUAAGUGCCCGUGCUCUCCUCCGAUUCAGGCCGUGGCGAUUCCACUUCUCCUUACAUCCCUAGUGUAUGCUGGGUCAUUCGUCACUAGAUUGUGGCUCCUAGAGAGUUCUUGGGGCAGUGGCGAUGAGGUGGAGAUAGGCUGCGCCCAGAGGCUUGCACAAUGGAUCCAAGCUGCUGUUGCGGAUGUUAUGGUUUGGCGGAACUAUGUAGUGACAAGCUCUCCAAGAAUAUCGACGUCGUCAUAUCCAUUGACAUCCAUCCUCAUGGAUCUGAAGCAGAUGGUCCAGUCCCUGAUUCUGUUGGUGCCAAUAGCAAAGAUCCUGGAGUCGCUUGCCAGUGAAGAACUGAACCUUUCUGUUGACAGCACACUUAAACCAUUUAUUCGAACUACACCAGCAGGGAUGCAAUUUUAUGAGAUCGCUACUGAUUGUAGGUGUCCAGUUAGGCUACACUGUAAUCUUUGGAUGUGUUGUAGUACGUUGUACAAUUCCAAACAAGACAAGACUCUAUUAAUUGGUGUUCAAGGUUCAGCUCGACCUGCAGAAGAGAAUUUAGGGACGUUUCAUCCGUUGGUGCUCAACGCUGCCUACACUGGCAGCGUCGUCGACUUCGUCGUGCUCUCCACCUACAGCCAGACAGUACAACCUCCGUUCAAAACGCCCGCAAGCGUUUUGGAAAGGCAAGUUUCCUUUUCCUUCGUCCAAUCCCUUCUUUGCGUAAUGCUAGGAACAUCUGUUUUCCAUUUCCAUAGCAUCCAUGUACAUAAUACAUCGGAAUGUCGAACAUUGCAUCGGAUGAACCAUGAUCAUGCUAGCUGGGAUGACAGAACCUGCUCAUUGUUUCUUGAGCUAAUCACUCAGCGGAAAAACCUAUGUCACUGGGGCAACAAUACCCCAACCGCUACCGGGUGGACAAAUGUCCAUCGUGCCUUUAACGAGGCCACAAGGCUCGAGUACAACAAGAAACUGCUCCAGAACAAGUACAACGAGCUCAAAAGGGCGUAUUUCAAUUGGCGCGACGGUCGGAUUCAUACUGGGCUAGGCCGUGACCCGCAUACUAGAGAGGUGACAGCUGACCCUAGUUGGUAUGCCGCAGGCACCGGGGAAAGUAGCCAAACCGCUCGUGAGAGGUUCAGACGUCCACACUGCUGUGAGCAACUGAUCUUGAUUUUGGGACGCACCCCACGUGACAGGGGCGAGUUGGUAUCUGCAGGGGGACAUCAACCUGACCGUACAUCCAGCAGUGCAAGCCCUCAGACUCCUCAAGCCUUGUCCGACGAGCCCGUACAACCACAUAGUGUUGGUCAGUCCUCCAAGAGAGUCACUAGGGACCAUUCCGUUAACAGUCCUCGCAGUAAGAAGAGUAGCAGGACUCCAACCCUUGAUGAUUGCCUUGAUGACCUGAGCAACAUUAUCAAGGAUACUAGGGCGCAUAAGGCCCAUCAAGUCACUGAUGCCGAGGAGAUGGCCCAAGUCAAUCAGAUUCUGAAGCAAGAUGGUUACAACAAGAGUGAUGUAGUCUUUGCCUAA